AUGCCCUCCGACCAUCCACUCUGUCACGGUACAUGUCCUGCUCCGAUGGGAAAUUUAUGCAAGUACGGGAUUGAAUACCUCGGAAACCAGGUCACUACAGGUGACUUCGGCCUCGACACCUUCUACUUCACCACGACUCUGAACGACCAAGUUGGGCAGCAGCUGCGGCAAACACAAAUCCAUAAUGUGGCAUUUGGCUGCGGUAUCAUCAACCGCAUCCCUGGUUUCGCCGGAGAUGCCCAGCAUGCCAAUCCAAUGUCUGGAAUUCUGGGGUUGGGGAGGGAUGAUCCCUCCAGCGUCCUACUCCAGCUGAGCAUUCCAGCAGUUCAACCACAGAUUUGUAUAUGA